GCGGCCACGUGAUGCGGGCGAGGGGAUUGGAGCUGUGGCAGCGCGCGGCGACAGAGAGGAGCAGCGCUGGGCGCUCGUGGCUGGUCCUCCUCCGCCGCCGCCCUCCGGCUUCUUGUCUCUGCUGUUCGCCGCUGCUCGCCGCCUGCAUCCCCAGUCGCGGCGCCUGGAGGAGGAGGAGACGCCGCUGCCAGCAGGGUUCCCGCCGCAGUCGCCCACGGUCCAUCGGAGCUUCUCUUCUCGCCGCUGCUCGCACCUCUCCUCGCCAAGAUGGGGCUGCUGGACUCAGAGCCCGGCAGCGUCCUGAACGCGAUGUCCACGGCAUUCAACGACACCAUGGAGUUCUAUCGCUGGACCUGGACCAUCGCAGAUAAACGCGUAGCAGACUGGCCGCUGAUGCAGUCUCCAUGGCCAACGAUAAGCAUAAGCACGCUCUAUCUCCUGUUCGUGUGGCUGGGUCCAAAGUGGAUGAAAGACCGUGAGCCAUUCCAAAUGCGCUUAGUACUCAUAAUCUAUAAUUUUGGCAUGGUUUUGCUUAACCUUUUCAUCUUCAGAGAGCUAUUCAUGGGAUCGUACAACGCAGGAUACAGCUAUAUUUGCCAGUCAGUGGAUUAUUCUAAUGACGUUAAUGAAGUCAGGAUAGCUGGCGCCCUGUGGUGGUACUUUGUAUCGAAAGGCGUUGAGUAUUUGGAUACAGUGUUUUUUAUCCUGAGGAAGAAAAACAACCAAGUCUCGUUCCUUCACGUGUACCAUCACUGCACCAUGUUCACUCUGUGGUGGAUUGGAAUCAAGUGGGUGGCUGGAGGCCAAGCGUUUUUCGGGGCCCAGAUGAACUCUUUCAUCCACGUGAUCAUGUACUCCUACUAUGGGCUGACUGCAUUCGGCCCGUGGAUCCAGAAAUAUCUUUGGUGGAAGCGAUACCUGACCAUGCUGCAGCUGGUCCAGUUCCACGUGACCAUCGGGCACACAGCACUGUCUCUCUACACCGACUGCCCCUUCCCCAAGUGGAUGCACUGGGCUCUGAUCGCCUAUGCCAUCAGCUUCAUCUUCCUCUUCCUCAACUUCUACACUCGGACAUACAAUGAGCCUAAGCAGUCAAAAACCGGAAAGACGGCCACGAAUGGUAUCUCAUCGAACGGUGUAAAUAAAUCAGAGAAAGCGUUAGAAAACGGGAAACCCCAGAAAAACGGGAAGCCAAAAGGAGAGUAAAUUGAACUGGGCCUUAACCGGUAGACCGUGAGGAAACUCCUGUGUCAUUUUAAAAAGUUCAGGGGCAACAGAAGCAGAGAGUCUGGGGUGGGGAGAAAGGCAGAUAGGGUCUUUGCCCUUCAGACUGAGUAAACCUUUCAAUAUAUGGUACCCAGAUCUUUUAUUUAUGAAGUUUUUAUUUUAAACGUUUUUUUUUUUUUAUUAGCCUUCAUGUUGUCCAGACCAAAGCAAUCCCAAUGUGACCUCGGAGCCUCUCCUCCUGUUCACAUCUGCCUGUGCAAUGGGUGGAAAUUUUGCCUAUCUUCCAUUUACUCUUUCCUCAGUCUGAACUUUAGAUGAUCACAGAAACAUAAUUUUAUGAAAAAAAAUUUUUUUUUCUAAAUCACGAGUUUCCGAUUGGUUGCAAAUCAAUGUUCAGAGACAGAACAAGAAAAUACAUUUGAAUUUGGACCCAUUUACUGACCCUUGUGGUCAAACCUUUCCACCUCUAGUCAGAAUAUUCCCUUUUGGAUGUAAUUAAAUUUGAAAGCUCUGCAAAAUCUCUGUAGAAUCUUAGAGGCCUGAUGAGGACGAUGAUGAUGUUGAUGAUGAUGUUGAUGAUGAUGAUGGUGUUGGUGAAGAUAAGAAAGAAUAACAGUAAAAUCCUGUCUUGUGACCCAUAGGCCACCAUGACUUACGGCACAAAUCACUGUGGGAAACAAUAUAUCUCUCUAUUUUUUUGUAAUGAGGAAGGUAGCCUUUGAAUACUCCUAUUAUUAGCAGAAAUGAAUUAUGAGAUUUAAGAUUAUUGUACGAUUGAAACAUGAAAGAAAUCAUGUCUUUGUUAGCAACAUCUAAGGUAGUCACAUUUACAUGCACUUAGAACUCCGAGGGUGGAUGGAUUUUUUUAUCAGGGCUUUCCUUGUUUUGAUUUGUGGCUAUUGCUGAUUUUUUUUUUCGUACGUGGACAUACACCUACCUCUUCUGUUGGAAAGAACAUUUAAAAUGAAAUAAAUUUUACUUAAAAAAAAUCAAGGAGUCCUCUAAUGUAAAUUUUAAUUUUAACUUUCCAAUUUACUUUUUAUUUUUUUUAUUUUUAUUUACAAAUAGCUCAACCAAACAUUUCUGUGAUGUUAUCCAUCUCUUUCAAUGUGUCUAAUUCUAAGCAAUGCUUGUGUCCCCUUGUGACUAUGUUGCAAAAAAAAAAUCUUCCUUAUUAACUAGAAAAGAAGUGUAAACGCAUUUUGGUGCAAUAUCUUGACUCCUUGGUGCUAAUGAUUGCAAAAUUCAGUGCUUGCCGCUACAAGGUGUUACUUACUGAUACAAGAUGAGAAAAAUUGAGACCAAGUCAGAUCUCUCAAGUCCAAUGUGGUGUUUACAAACUAUGUAUCUCAUGUCAUUGAAACGGGUGACCGGAAGACUGCAGAAGAGACGUUGUUCCACAUUUUUUUUUUUACACAGAUUAAUUUGUUAUGGGCAUCACAGAGAGAUCAUAUGGAAAGAGGAAAUGUAACAAAAAUUAGCAUGAAUAUUUCUGAAUCUUCCAACUUGUCAAAUCUGCAUGUGUGGGAUGUCUGCUGUUUGUACAGACUUUCAGAACAUUUUGUAAAUUAUAAAGUAUUUAUUGUGCAUUGAGAUUCCAUUUCCCCUCAAAGGCAUGCAGUCGCGAACAUUACAGGAACAGCAGCACAGGGAAUAGUGCUGUUUAAGAGGAGCUACACCUUGUUUCUUGCCAGUGUGUAAUGACUAGAGAUGUGUAAAUCUUUGCGAACAUUCUGUACUGGCUCCCCAGACCCCUUCACUCCCUGCUCUCCGAUUUCAGCACAAUAAAUACACUACAGCUGUGGGAAAAGUGA